UUCGGUAACAUUGGAAAAUUGCUCAGUCAACAUUUCAUUGUUUGGACACUGAUAAAUUUACUUCGCAUGCAGAUUGUGGGAAAUGCGCCAGGUGUCACAAUCAAAAGCAAAUCAACACACAUUAUACAUGCAUAGAUCGCGUGUGAUAUUCGAAGGUACAGGCUUGCAAGUAAAUAUUGCUAAUCAGGGCACUGGGUUUGGAGCACUGCCAGUUGAUUGUGCCACGCCAUUCAUGCUACAACGAGCCGCAUUUUACAACUACACUAUACUUCGAUUUCCACCAAAAUAACUUAUUUGUGAAGUAAUGUUAUGAAGUUCGCAAUUAAAAUCGGUUGGAAAAUUGGUAACGUUACCGCGGAUGCACGCUUACGUGUACAACAACAACAAGAUGCACGAAAGAAUAGACGAUUGUGGCGGCGACAAUGCGAACGCGGCAUACGUCGGUUUAGCCAAAAUGGCUCUAAUGUUGCCGCGACAUGUGGACCGCAUAAACCGAACCACAAAACUACCCUAAUUAAACUUACCUGCACGGAGUUUGUUGCUCAAAGGGAGCUGCUGCAUCUACAAAUAGACAAACAACCAAAAGUUUUGGCUAAGUCGGUGAAGGAGGAUUUUCUACAUGAUGGCAGCUUCCAUCAGGCUGUCGGUAAGGUGCUGCUCUUCGCCGAGUUCUUCGCUAUAAUGCCCGUCAAGGGAGUCAUUGCGGCCCACCCACGGCAGUUGUCGUUCUCAUGGACAAAUAUCCGGACCUUAUACUGUUUGUUGUUUAUAACAACGACAAUAAUUGAUUUGGGAUUUGCAAUGAACAAAAUGCUUCACAAACCAAUCAACUUCAACAGUGUUGAGCCGCUGAUAUUUCGUCUGUCCAUUAUUGUGGUUUGCAUCAAUGCCAUCGUACUGGCGCGCAAAUGGCCGGCAUUGAUGCUGGAUUGGUACGAAAUCGAGUGCGACUUGCCGGAGUAUUUAACGCAAAUGGAGAAAGGACGUCUGGCGUACAGGAUUAAAAUGGUGACAGUUGUGGCCAUGCUGUUGUCACUCGGCGAACACUUGCUGAAUAUCUUAUCCAACAUACACUAUACUAACUAUUGUCCCCAGACCGAGGACCCGAUCAAAAACUUUUUUAUUCUGACCAAUCAGCACAUAUUUUUAAUUUUCCCCUACUCCGUAUCACUAGCUAUUUGGGGCAAAGUGCAAAACAUACUCUGCACCUUCAUCUGGAAUUACAUGGAUGUUUUUGUGAUGAUUGUUAGCAUAGGAUUGGCAGCGAAAUUUAAGCAGCUCAACGAUAAUUUAUUCAAGUUCAAGGGCAUGCGUAUGCCUGAGCUCUACUGGGCGACGCGCCGCAAACAAUACCGGAACUUGUGUGAGCUUUGUACACGCAUUGACGGCGCCAUUUCGCUCAUCACGAUGGUAUCCUUCUCAAAUAAUUUGUAUUUCAUUUGUGUGCAACUGCUGCGUAGUCUUAACCAAAUGCCAUCGCUUGCUCAUGCCGCGUACUUUUACUUCUCGUUCUUCUUUCUUAUCGGCCGUACCUUGGCCGUAUCACUGUACUCGGCUAGCAUCAAUGAUGAGUCACGGAAGCCGUUGCGAGUGCUACGCUGCGUGCCGAAAGAGUCCUGGUGCACUGAGGUGAAACGUUUCUCGGAGGAUAUUAGCACCGAUUUGGUUGCAUUAAGUGGCAUGAAAUUCUUUUAUCUCACACGGAAAUUGGUGCUGAGCGUUGCUGGAACUAUAGUGACAUAUGAGUUAGUGCUUAUACAAUUCCAUCAGGAUAGCAAACUUGCAGAAUGUGUUAGCAGCAUACGUCCACUGUCAUCUCCAGGCAACAACAGUUUGCAUUGAGCUUAAGUAAGUAGGUGGAAUGGAAUUAACCGUUAUACAAAUGCUAUUAUAUAAACUCUGUAAGCCGAAUAGAUUUGUUGCAUUAAUUAUACAAUUAAGUAUGUAAAAAAUGUUUAUGAAUUGUUGUGGAAAUAUUAUUGAAGCAUAAUUCUGCAACCAUAUUAUCAUAUUAAUACAAAAAGAUCUAACUCUAAUAACUAGAAGCAACUUUAAAAUAAAAUUUAUAAACCAAGCAAAAUUGAAACGUGACUAAACCAUGAUAACUAAGCUUAAAAUCUCAAUAAAGCAUUAUCAAUUUCUUUUAA